AUGUCUCAGCACCCGGCCACGUCCGGCAUGCGCAAGGCAGAGCUCCUCACAGAGCUGGCGCUAUGGGACGAGGACGGCACCCACAUGACGUGCGAGAUGCUGCGGGCCAGGCUGCGCCAGAUCUACAAGGCAAUGCCAGUCGGGGGCGCUCCCGCGCGCCACAAGAAGAAGGCCGAGCAUGUCGAGGAUGCGACUGCCAUGGGCUGCGUCCUGACGGGCAAGGAGACGCGCGGAGACCUCCAGAUCCUGAUCACCGAGAAGCACGUGCAGAGCUGCUGGCGGAAGGAGCGGGAGUACGCCGGGUGGCUGGUGAGCAUGGACAAUCCGCGCUUCAAGCGUCUCACCGACUGGCUGGUCAUGAAGGGGGUCAAGCCCGAGGACACGAUGAACAAGCUCGAGCUGCCUCAGCCCAGGGUGAAGGGGGAGAAGUUCGAGAACACGGAGGGCCCGUGGCUGCUGGUCAAGGAUCAGCCGCGUCAGCGUUCGACGGUGAAGCGCUCCAUGGCGGAGGAGACCGCCGCGAUGGAUCUGGGGAAGUUCAAGGAGGAGCAGAUCAUCGACCUGCUCGGGGACAUGAAGAUGGCCAUGAACGCGCUCACGACCAGGGCGCAGAAGGUGGAGGAGACGAGCUCAGCGCCGAGCGGCCCGCCUGGGCCGGCCGCGCAGGGCCACUGGGGGAUCUCACGGACUCUCAGGCCAGAGCUGAGCGAGAGCGAGUACGUCCUGAGCAUAUGUCACGUACACUGGGAGCGGCCGAAGGAUCUGCAGCCGUAUCGGUGGCCAGAGCUGAAGCAGGUAUUCAGGGAGUGCGACAUGCGUCCGGUGGUCUGUGACGGCUGCAUGCUGGGCGUCAAAGCUCGCGAUGCUGGUUUGCCGAUGGUCAAACCCUGGGAGAUCUGGACCACCUCCGACUGCAUGUGCCAGAGGAUGGUUAUCAGGUGCGAUGGGCGUCAUGAGCACAGUCCUUGUGUCGGCGGCGCGAGGACGGCGGCCACUGCGUACUACCCAGACGGUUUCGUCAAGAGGGCGGCCAGGGCCAUGCUGGAGGAGCUGAAGAUGGAGGAGAUCUGCAACCUCGUGCGCGAGCUCGAGACCGCGGACGAGGAGACCGACACAGUCUACGCAGUGAGCGCCUCGAAGACAGGGAUCGACUCCAACGAGCUUCGGAAGGUGGAGAUCGCGGCCCGGCGGAUCCACGCCGCUUGCGGACACUGUCCGUUCGUCCAGGUCGCUAGGUUUUUGGCAGCUCGAGGGGCUGAUAAGAGGAUCGUGGAGCACGUGAAGGACAUGCGGUGCCCGGCCUGUGACGAGAGCCAAAAGCACGGACCUCCACGUCCAGCCGGUUCGGCGGAUGAGGUGCCGAAGAAGUGGGCAGUUUUGCAGAGCGACCUAGCCGAGUGGGAGGAUCCGUGCAGCCACGAGAAGUACAAGUUAGCCCUGUACCUUGACCAGGGUUCGAAGCUUGGAGUUGGACACGUUCUGUUCAGGAUGGUCAAGAGUAAGAACGCGACCGCCGAGGAGCUGAAGGACUCGAUCUGGAGCAGGUGGAUCGCCUAUUUUGGACGUCCGAGGAUAUUUCAGGUCGAUCCAGAGGGCGCCUGGAUGAGCAAGAUCACCCGGGAAAACCUGGAGUCCAGCGGCAUCCAGAUGGACCCCGUCCCCGGGCAGGCGCAUUGGCAGAUUGGUGGCAUCGAGCGGCUCAUCAGCCUCAUCAAGGAUCUGAUGACGGUCUCGGCGCGCGAGUGCCCGGGAAGGUCAUGCGAAGAGUACCAGGCGCGGGCGAUGGCAGCCUACAGCGAGUUCGACCGGCACCGUGGCUUCUCACCGCUACAGGUGGCACUUGGACGAGCACCAGACCUCGACGGGUCCUUCAUGGACGCGCCAGGUGACCCAGUCAACCUUCCUGCGCUGGAGUCGGAGGCGGUUGACGCUGCGUUCGGGGAGAACUUCAAGUUCAUGCGGCAGGCGCAGGAGGCGAUGCUCAGAUGGGUCUAUGCUGAACGUGCUCGCCGUGCUAGUCGUGCCAGAUCGCGGAAGCUGAAGGUAUACACUCCGGGUACAUUGGUGUACUAUUUCAGGAACCCGAAGAGCAGCUCCAUGACGGGCAGGUUCUAUGGUCCGGCUCGAAUUCUGGCCACAGAGACGGUUCACAGGGACGGGGUGGCCGAGCACGAGAUCAUUCAUGGUACCGAGAUGCCGUGGACAUUCAACAGCAUGAGCCAGGGUCUCACAGCAGGUCAGUAUGAGGACCUCGCCGACGAUCCGCGCCUGAUCCCGAGCGACGCGGAGUUUGUGGAUGCGGCGGCGGCGGCCAGCGGAUAUCAUUACGGCAAGGAGCGGUCAGACAGACAGAAGCGACACGACCAGACAGAGGAGCAGGACUUGACCGCGGAGGUCCAGCCGUUCGAGUGCUUCUGGAGCAGGGAGGACCGCGCUAUAGAGGUGGAAAUCAGUCUUCCCGAAGGUGCGCGAGGUGGUUCUGCCGCGCGUGAUCUGCCGGUGUUCGUGGCUACUCAACUGCGACGCCAGCGUGCGGAGGUUCGAGAGCGGACACUGUCGGCCGAAGACCUGGAGAAGUUCAGGAAGGCCAUGAUGAAGGAGGCGCAGGAGUGGAUCAAGGAGAUGGUCCUGGAAGGUCUACCGAACCAUGUCACGGCUCCCAGCGACCGACUGAUGCGCCUCAGGUGGGUCUUGACGUGGAAGAUCGAUCCCGCAGAGCCCGGGGGUCGACGUGCGAAGGCGCGGCUAGUGAUUCUCGGCUUCCAGGACCCCGACCUCACCACCGAGGAGUCGCACGCGCCGACAGCGACUCGCACCGCCCGACAGGUGUUCCUGCAGAAGGCGGCGAACCUGAAGAUGCGGAUGGCCAAGGGUGACGUGAAGUCCGCGUUCCUUCAGGGUGAGGAGCUCGACCGGGACCUGUUCGUCAAGCCCACCGGCGAGAUCGCGGAGAUGCUGGGACUUCGCUCGGGUCAGGCGGCCAUCCUGACGAAGUCGGCGUAUGGACUGGUGCAGGCACCUCGAGCAUGGCACCAGGCAGUGAACCGCAAGCUGAAGGAGCUGGGUUGGCGGCAGCUCGAGUCCGACCCAUGUGUGUGGGUCCUGACGAGUCCUUCGACAGCGGGGGGCCCUGACUGCAUCGUAGCCAUUGCUCUGUCUCAUGUGGAUGAUUUCCUGUUCGCCGGCCGUGAAGCGGACAAGAUCUGGCAGCAGGCGCGACGUCAGGUGAUGGAGGCGUUCCGGUCCGAUUUCGGUUUCACGCUGAGCCAGGCGACCUACACGGAGCAGAUCGAGGAGAUAGAGGUACCAGCUGAACGACGGAAGCAACUCUCAGCGCCGGUGACGACCGCCGAGAAGAGCCAGUUCCGGGCUGCCACAGGGAGCCUGCAGUGGAAGGGCACCCAGACCGGGCCCGACAUCCUGGCGGAGUUGAGCCUGCUACAGAGCAAGACGGAGUCAUGCACUGUGGACGAUCUCCCGAAGGUCAACAAGCUGAUCAAGCGGGCCAAGGAGACAAAGAACAGGGUGCUGGAGAUAUUCCCGUUUGUGGACAGCGAGCUGGCAGUUGUCGGCUGGGGCGACGUGGCGUUCAGCAACCGCGUGGAUGGCAAGUCGACUGAGGGCCGCAUAGUCGGGAUCGUGCCCCUGUGCUUCCUGUCCGGCGAGGAGACAGGAGUUUCCCUGAUCAGUUGGAGGUACGAGGACCUCCCUCGCCUUGCUUAUUCUAUCAACAUCGAGCCCAAUACCAACACUCCAUAUCCAAUACCCUACCUCUCCCAGCUCGGCAGC